AUGUCAUUACAGAUGGUAACAGUCAGUAAUAACAUAGCCUUAAUUCAACCAGGCUUCUCGUUGAUGAAUUUUGAAGGGCAAGUUUUCUUCUUUGGUCAGAAAGGCUGGCCCAAGAGAUCCUGCCCCACUGGAGUUUUCCAUUUUGAUGUAAAGCAUAACCAUCUCAAACUGAAGCCAGCAGUUUUCUCUAAGGAUUCCUGCUACCUUCCUCCUCUUCGCUAUCCAGCCACUUGCACAAUCAAAGGCGGCUUCGAAUCUGAAAAGCAUCAGUAUAUCAUCCAUGGAGGGAAAACACCAAACAAUGAACUUUCAGAUAAGAUUUAUGUCAUGUCUCUUGUUUGCAAGAACAAAAAAGUUACUUUUCGCUGUACAGAGAAAGACUUGGUAGGUGAUGUUCCUGAAGCUAGAUACGGCCAUUCCAUUGAUGUAGUGUAUAGUCGGGGAAAAAGUAUGGGUGUUCUCUUUGGAGGACGAUCGUACAUGCCUUCUGCCCAAAGAACCACAGAAAAAUGGAAUAGUGUAGUUGACUGCCUGCCCCAUGUUUUCUUGGUGGAUUUCGAAUUUGGGUGCUCUACAUCCUAUGUUCUUCCAGAACUUCAGGAUGGGAUAUCUUUUCAUGUCUCCAUUGCCAGAAAUGAUACCAUUUAUAUUUUAGGAGGUCAUUCACUUGCCAAUAACAUCCGUCCUGCGAACCUGUACAGAAUAAGGGUCGAUCUACCUCUGGGUAGCCCAGCUGUGAGUUGCACAGUCUUGCCAGAAGGAAUCUCUGUCUCCAGUGCAAUUCUGACUCAAAUUAACAAUAAUGAAUUCGUUAUUGUUGGUGGCUAUCAGCUUGAAAAUCAAAAAAGAAUGGUCUGCAACAUUGUCUCUUUAGAGGACAACAAGAUAGAAAUUCGUGAGAUGGAGACCCCAGAUUGGACCCCAGAUAUUAAGCACAGCAAGGUAUGGUUUGGAAGCAACAUGGGAAAUGGAACUGUUUUCCUUGGCAUACCAGGAGACAACAAGCAGGUUGUUUCAGAACCAUUCUAUUUCUAUAUGUUGAAAUGUGCUGAAGAUGAUGUGAAUGAAGAUGAGAAAACACUCACAAACAGUCAGACAUCAACAGAAGACCCAGGAGAUUCCACUCCUUUUGAAGACUCAGAAGAAUUUUGUUUCAGCGCAGAAGCAAAUAAUUUUGAUGGUGAUGAUGAAUUUGACACCUAUAAUGAAGAUGAUGAGGAAGAUGAGUCUGAAACAGGCUACUGGAUUACAUGUUGUCCUACUUGUAAUGUGGAUAUCAACACCUGGGUACCAUUCUAUUCAACUGAGCUCAACAAACCUGCAAUGAUCUAUUGCUCUCAUGAAAAUGGGCACUGGGUCCAUGCUCAGUGCAUGGAUCUGGCAGAGUGCACACUCAUUCACCUGUCAGAAGGAAGCAACAAGUAUUACUGCAAUGAGCACGUGCAGAUAGCAAGAGCACUGCAAACCCCUAAAAGAACCCUGCCCUUAAAAAAGCCCCCACUGAAGUCCCUCCGCAAAAAGGGCCCCAUGAAAGUCUUUACACCUGCCAAGAAAUCCUUUCUUAGAAGGUUGUUUGAUUAG